GCCGCCAGCAGGCGCUUCCUCCUCGCCUUCCUUUCGCGUUAGUUUAAAUGUAGCGCAGAAGUGCAGAGAAGAGGAGGAAGAGAAGAAAGGGAGGAGUCGUUUGCUUCCUCCUCAGGCGCUGUUUUGACUGAACUUGAAGAGACGCGCCGAAAGGCCUUGGAGAAGACUGACGGGCGCCGUGAAGGCAAGAGACAAGAUCAUCAUAAUGGAAAACCAGUUAACUGAUUCUUCUGAAAUAAGUACAUUUCAUCAUCAGAGUUCCUUGCCUUCACUGCCAGUUCCUCCUCUUGAUGAAUCCCUAACGAAAUAUCUAGAUGCAGUGAAACCUUUCCUAAACCAAGAAGAGUAUCAAAGAACUCGAGACAUAGUCAGAAGAUUUGAGAAUGGCAUUGGAAAGGAGCUGCAUAAAAAAUUACUUGAAAGGGCUGCAGUGAAGAGGAAUUGGUUGGAAGAAUGGUGGCUGAAUACGGCCUAUCUUGAAACUCGUUUAUCAACACAAAUCUAUCACAAUUUUGGAGGACCAGGUUCUUAUAUUGAACAUUAUUGGCCAGUUAAAGAAGGGACUCAGAUAGAAAGAACAUCCAUAAGUGUUUGGCACAUCUUAAAAUUCUGGGAACAAAUGAGAAAGGAAACAUUGGCUGUACAUAUGUCUGGCCUUAAGCCCCUGGACAUGGAUCAAUUUCGAAUGCUUUUUUGCACUUGCAAGGUGCCAGGCAUUGUUCAAGAUUCCAUUGCUAAUUAUUUCAAAACAGAGAAUGAAGGUGAAUGUCCAUCUCACUUGAUAGUGCUCUGUGAAGGAAGAAUUUUUGAAUUUGAUAGUUUACAUGAUGGUCAAAUGUUGAGCCCACCAGAAAUUUUUAGACAACUUUCCUAUAUUAAGAAUAAAUGUGGGAAUGAACCUGAAGGGCCAGGAUUGGCUGCCUUAACAUCUGAAGAAAGAACCUCAUGGGCAAAGACACGUAAUCAUCUUAUCAGACUUCAUCCAAAGAACCUAUCUCUGUUGGAAAAAAUACAGCGUAGCUUAUUUGUAAUAUGUCUAGAUGAGUCAAAGCCUCAAGCUACACCUGAAGAUUAUACAGAGAUCACCAGAUUGUCACUCGCAGGGAACCCAACAUUGCGGUGGGGAGACAAAUCCUAUAACUUAAUUGCCUUCUCAAAUGGUUCUUUUGCAUCGAACUGUGAUCAUGCUCCUUUUGAUGCCAUGGUUUUGGUGUCCCUCAGUUCUUACAUUGAUUCCAAGGUUUUUGAAACCGAAGGGAAAUGGAAGGGAUCGGACAAAGUACGCAAUAUCCCUUUGCCAGAGGAGCUUAUGUUUAAUUUUGAUCAGAAGGUGCUAAAUGAUAUUACUUGUGCAAAGGACAAAUAUUACAAGCAGGUAUCUGACUUACAGCUUGUGAAUUAUGCUUUUACAACUUUUGGGAAAGCACUGAUUAAGAAACACCAUCUUCAUCCUGAUGCAUUUGUCCAGAUUGCUCUCCAAUUAACCUAUUACAGAUGUCACGGACACCCUGGUUGCUGUUAUGAAACUGCAACAACCAGACAAUUUUAUCAUGGCCGGACAGAAACUAUGAGACCAUGUACCACUGAAAUAGUUGAAUGGUGUAAAUCCAUGGUAGACCCUACAGUCACUCAAGGCCAAAGAAAACAUCUAAUGUUAAAGGCAUUUGCAAGACAUAAUAAACUGAUGAAAGAGUGUGAGAAUGGAAGAGGUUUUGAUCGUCAUCUCUUAGGACUCCAAAUCCUGGCCAAAGAGCAUAACCUUCCAGUGCCAGAACUCUUCUUAGAUCCGGCUUUCACCAGAAGUGGGGGAGGUGGAAAUUUUGUUCUUUCAACUAGCCUGGUAGGGUACACAAGAAUUGCAGGAGCUGUUGUUCCAAUGGUAAAGCACGGUUAUGGCUUAUUCUACAGAAUUCGAGAUGACAGGAUUGUUGUUGCCUGCAGUGCCUGGAAGUCCUGUCCAGACACAGAUGCCGAAAAUUUAUCUAAGGAAUUGUUCCAGUCUUUUCAAGACAUAAUACAAAUGAUGUCCACAGCCCAGAUGUAGAAAAAGUAUUGGAGCUCCAAUGUCUUUUUUUUUUUUUACAGUACUAUAUCUAUUGAAAAUUUGAAUAUGAAAGUCUCACUUAAAAGGAAUGAUUGAAAUGGACAUGGUAUUUGACAGUUAUAUAUAACUGUUUGCAUAAAUUAUGCAAAGUUCUACUGCAAUAACAAUGCAAUUUUCUUUGAAUAAUCUGCAGCUGCAAUGCAAAAUAUGAUUAGAACUAUGCAAUGAUAAACUUCUAAAAUGCAUGAUUUAUUGAAUUUUUCUAUAGAAAAAAGUUAAUUAUGUAAUCUUCCUAGUAAUAAAAGAAUGCAAAAUCAUAUUCAAAUGAAUUCAGUGUUUUCAGAAGUACACUGGGAGAAACUUGCUUUUGUCUACUACAAUGGAAAGUUGUAUUUUGAACAACCAUUGCAUCAAUCAUGUUUCCUUUGUACAUGAAAUUCAUAUCAUUGCUUUUCCUUGCCUUCAAAAGUAAUCAAGGAAAAAGUAUUAGAAUACUUAUGAAUUUAUUUCAGGCAACCUGGGCUGUUUUUGUUUCUCAUGUAAUGGGAUUGCUUAAAUACAGACUUCCCUACAUACCGGAAGAAUUGAUAAUGAAAGAUACUGUAUUUUCUUGCCAUUUCAAAUGUAGAACUCAGUAUGAUUCUCAGGACAACGUGCAUUCUUUGUAUCAUAAAUGAGAAACUAUAUGAAUAAUGCAAUUUAUUCUUGAAAUAAAGCCAUUCCAAAGAG